AUUGUCAAUGAAGACCACUCUCAAAUUGCUCACCAGCUGUUUGUUGUCAACAACCAAAAAAACUUCCUUCUAUUUCGAAAUGUCUUGACUAAAAUGACAAUCCAAUCGAAGUAUACAAACCAUUGUGUCGUGUGUAUCUUUUCAAAGUAGUUUUUAGCAACAAUCCUGAAACGUAAACAUGGAUGAAGAAGUCGAACAAAUAAACGUGGAGCCCGAAUUUUCCUUUAAUCCUUUCGAGGAUUGCGAUGAGGGUAACCCGCAAAAAAUCGAUACCGCCACCGAUGCACUAAAUUUGUUUACCUACACAAAGUCUGGUAAAAAGCAGACGGAUAACAAUACGAAAAAGUGCAUUUAUUGCAACAAGUUCUACAGGAAGAAAUACAUGGCCACUCAUCUGAGGACACAUAGUGGAGAAAAACCCUACAAAUGCUACUGGCAGGCCGAAAGCGGAGCUGAAUGUGGAAAAUGUUUUCUACGCCUCGAACAUCUACAACGGCACGAAAGAGUGCACGAUGGAUUAAAACUGCACAAAUGUGAUGUUUGUGAUAAGGGAUUCUCACGCCGAGAUCAUCUGAAGAAACACAUUUUAAUACACACAGGCAUCAAGCCGUACUGUUGCCAGGUGUGCUUGAAGACAUUCGGCCGUCCCGAUCACUUGCGGAAGCACAUACAAACACAUCUGAAGGAUGAAGCUGAUCUCAAAUUUACGCUGACGAUGUGUGAAGACGAACCGAUUAUUCAAAGCGAACAUGCCGACGAUGAUGAUGAUGAUUGAGGAAGAGAUUUUUCCAGUUCGACGUUCAGAACUCCGAACUGGAGCAAUAAAUUAUUUUUGUGUUAAUCAGUG